AUUAAACAUCUGUAACAUGUUCUGAGAAAUUUUCCUGACAUUCUUUCGUGUACUAUGAAGUUGUACGAGUGGUACAAACGACCUUUCGAAGUAUCGAAAAGUUUUAAACGAAUUGGAAUGUCCUCAAGGAUUUUUAAUGGUAUUUAAUAAAAUGUGAUUAUUUCAAAUCAGUCGGAAUAUAAAUCUUUGAAGGAAAGAUUGCUAUAAUAUGAAUUCAAAAAGGAAUCGUGAUUUAGAAUUAGCAUUAAAUUUACAUGACGAACUUAAUAUUGUUGGUGUAACAGAAAAUGCAAUUAUUCCGAAAGACAAAAAUAAACAUUACAAACCAAAAACGUUAAUCGAUCAAACAUUGGAAAUAAUAGAUCCAACUCCUAAUAUUUAUACAUUAUUUAUGCAAUUCAAUUCACGUUUUUUCUGGAAUGUUUUAUUAUCUGUUCAGGUUAAAUGGAGCAAUAGAAUGACAAGCUGUGCAGGAGUAUGUACUUAUCACCCACGAAAUAAAGAAUGUAUAAUUUCUCUUAGCGUUCCAUUACUUAAACUGAGGCCAAGAAAAGAUCUUGUCGAGACAUUGCUGCACGAAAUGAUUCAUGGUUAUUUGUUCUUGACAAAUAAUAAUCGCGAUAGAGAUGGACAUGGACCAGAAUUUUGCAAGCAUAUGCAUAGAAUAAAUAAAGAGGCAGGAACAAAUAUAACAAUAUAUCAUACUUUUCACGAUGAAGUUAAAUUAUAUCAACAACAUUGGUGGAGAUGCAAUGGUCCUUGUCAUAAGAAGGCUCCAUAUUUUGGAACUGUACGUAGAGCUAUGAAUCGUGCACCAGGCCCAUCAGAUUUUUGGUGGAUAGAACAUCAACAAAGUUGUGGUGGACAGUUUAUAAAAAUCAAGGAACCAGAAAAUUUUAAAACUAAAAAUACAAAGAAUAAUCAAAAAUCGAAAACUACAUCGAAAAAUAUUUAUAAAGAAAAUAAUCUAACCGAUUGGUUGAAAAAUAAUAAUAAUAAUCCAUUCGAACAACAUAAAUCUGGCAAUAUAUCUAGAUCAAAAAUUUCUAAUCCAGGAGAUGAAAAGAUCAAAAAUAUUCAUAAAAGCAAUAGUCCUCUUAAUCCAAAAGUAAAUAAUAAAUCAUUAGAUAGCAAUCUAAAGAAACUAGGUAAUAAUACAAAUAAUGUUCAUGGAUGGGGUGUAGGAGGACCAAACAGUUCCUCUACUUCUAAAGUAGUUAAUAAUAAUCAUACUCCUAAAUAUUCUUGUUCUGGGCAAAUAGGAGGUUCUAAAAUCGGUAAAAGCAAUUUAUUGGAUAAAUUUUAUAUAAAAAGUAAUAAUCAGCAACAAACAUCAUUACAACAGAAAACAUCAUCGUAUGAUAAAGCUAAUACAAAAAAAAGUGUUAUAAAAUCUGUACAAAGAAAAACAAAUGCAAGUCAAAGUGAUGCUUCGAACCAGGAGAUUCGUGACCCUGUAAAUUGUCCUAUAUGUCAUGUUUCUGUUUCUAUUAAUAUUAUUAACGAACAUAUAGAUUCGUGUUUAGAUAAUAAAGAUGAAAAAAAGUCGAACGAUGUAAAAGGUCAUGUUAAUGAUCAAAUAGAUACUUCAUCAAUAAAAGAUAAUAUCUUUACUACUCCUAAACGAAGUAAUGUAAUGGAUGCAUCAUCAACGAAACGACAAAAACUAGAUAAUUUACAUAAAUCUGAAUUCACAGAUUGCUCAGUAUGUCAUAAGAGCUUUAAGACUACAGAUAUUUAUAACCAUCUUGACAUAUGUUUUCCAAAACAAUGUGUGUCAAAUUCAUCACCUAAUAUAAUAGUUAUUGAUAGUUCAUCAGAUUCUGAAUCAUCUAAUAGUAUAUUUGUUGAUAGUCCUUGUAUGAAGACAAAUACACAAUCUAAUUCUAGAAAAACUAACAGCAAACACGAAGUUCAAAAAUGUUUAAUUUGCGACACGAUUAUUUCAUCUACAAUGUCAUUGAAUGAUCAUUUGGAAGAAUGUAUUGGAACAAUGUUUAAUGAUGAAUCUGUAUUAUGCAUUGACAUUAAUAAUGAUAAUCUAGAAGAAGUUCGUGCAACAGAUCCCAAGAAGUACCCUUGUCCUGUGUGCAUGGAAUUAUUUACAGAAAAUAUCAUGAAUGAACAUUUAGAUAGAUGCCUUAAAGAAAAAUAAUUGUAAUCUAAUAAAUGUAAUAAAUGUAAUAAAUAUAUCGAAUUAUCAGUGAAAAUAUAAAAAAGUAAUAUUUUGCUUAAUGAUGCUGUGAUAUUACAGAAGAUCAUAUAAUAAUAUCCUUAAAUAAAAAUACUUUUUUUAAUCAUAAAGCUACAUAUAAAAAAAAUCAUCAGAUGCUUUUAAUUUUUAUUU